AGUUUUAGAGAGCGAGCUACAAUACCGUUACUACAACAUCAGUUUGGGGUCGAAAACGCACAUGGCACCGAUGAUGUGGAAAAACAGGCGAAGAAAACACUGUUCGACAAUACAACACUGGAAGAGACUGAGAUCAAGGAGGUAGUCCGAGCAUUAUGCCGGUGGCCUAUUCUCUCCAUAUACGGGCUUCGUUUGUCAAGGAAUGCAAAAGAGCUUCGUGUUGAUGACGAAUGGUUGCAGUUGGAACAUAAUGCAAGCUACAAGCUGCAAUUCCACUUGGAUUUGCUUGGACCAGGUCGAGUGAGUGGUACAUUGUCAAUCCUUCCAGUUCUCUUCGCAGGCGAAUGA